AUGCAACGGAGGCUGCUGUCUGAAGUAGACCUGACAUUCGAUAAGGCCCUGAAGUUAUGCCAAGCGAUGGAAUCAGCUUCAAAGGAUGUGAAAGAUCUGCAAGGGAAGUUAGCAGAGGAUUUAACUCAAAAUGCACACGGGGCUCAAGCAACGGUCCACAAGUUGUCUGCUGACACUACACGUAAACUCCCCUGUUGUUACCGAUGCGACGGGCAGCACACGGCGGCGGAAUGUAAGUUUGCUACAGAACUCUGCCACAACUGUGGUAAGCGGGGACAUAUUAAGAAGGUCUGCAGAUCCAAGGCGGGAAGGCAAAAUAUACAGAAAGCAACAUACAAGGCUCAGAAAGGUGACAGCAGAGGUUUUGACAGAGCACGGCGGACGCAUCUGCUACGAGGGGAGGAAGAGAGUGACACGGAGGACAUUAGCACUUACACUAUAUAUAGCGUGUCACAAGAAUUAUCCAAAGUGGCUCCCAUCACUCGCGCAGUAAACAUCAAUGGAGUGAAGGUAACAUUGGAAAUUGACACAGGCUGUGGGGUGACCAUAGUAAGCAAAAAGCAAUACAUGCAGUUGUGGAAGAAAACAGAAAUGUCAGAACUGAAACCCUGCUCGAUAAAAUUAAAAACAUAUACGGGAGAGAGGCUUGGAGUGCUGGGCAUGGCCAAUGUGAGAGUGCAGACUGACAGAACAGAAAAGACAUUGCCGAUGGUAGUAGUUGAGGGUGAAGGACCAAACCUGCUAGGGCGAAGCUGGCUACAGGAGCUGGCCAUGGCAGAGCAGCUGAUAAACAGAGUGGAAUCAGCACCGCCAUUACAGCUAGAAAAGAUGCUUGAAAGACACUCAGAAGUGUUUAAAGAAGGGUUAGGACAACUGAAAGGUGUCACAGCGAAGAUCAAUGUGGAUAGGGAAGCACAGCCAAGAUUCUGUAAACCACGACCGGUGCCAUACGCUGUCAAGCCAUUAGUAGAGAGAGAGAUACAGAGGCUGCAGGACAACAAGAUCAUUGAACCAGUGCAGUUUGCAGAGUGGGCGGCGCCGAUUGUCCCAGUCAGAAAACCAGAUGGGUCAAUUAGAAUUUGUGGGGAUUAUAAACUCACUGUUAACCGCGCAUCGCGGGUAGACCAGUAUCCAAUCCCUAGGGUUGAGGACCUGUUUGCACAGUUAAAUGGGGGGCAACACUUCACAAAAUUAGACAUGAGUCAUGCCUAUCAACAGGUCGUUCUCGAGGAAGAAUCCAGGAAGUAUGUAACCAUUAACACACAUAAGGGCCUGUUCGAAUAUACCCGUCUACCUUUCGGAGUAGCCUCCAGUCCAGCAAUUUUUCAGAGAACCAUGGAGGGCAUCUUAGGUGGCAUUCCAAAGGUGGCCAUUUAUUUGGACGACAUCUUAAUUACAGGUGAAAAUGAACAAAAGCAUCUGGAAAACCUGGAAGAAGUUCUCUGCAGAUUGGAGAAGAGCGGACUAAGAUUGAGAAGAAGCAAGUGUGAGUUCAUGGGUAGAGAAGUGGCAUUCCUAGGCCACAAAAUAAACGCCAGUGGGUUGCAUCCUCUGACAGAAAAAGUAGAUGCUAUAGCCCAAGCCCCUGAACCAAAAAAUGUCAGUGAAUUGAAAGCUUACCUAGGGUUGUUGAAUUACUACCACAGAUUCCUCCCGAAACUAUCCACACUACUGGCUCCGCUACAUGCCCUUUUAAAAAAGGAGGAAAAAUGGUCAUGGGGUUCAAAACAGCAGGAGGCAUUCACAGAAUCAAAAGUGCUUCUUCAAUCCUGUAGUGUGUUAGUUCACUAUGAUUCAAACAAACCCCUCAUCUUGGCGUGUGAUGCCUCGCCCUAUGGGGUGGGGGCAGUACUUUCCCAUCAAAUGCCAGAUGGCUUGGACAGACCAAUAGGGUUUGUUUCAAGGACUCUCAAUGCCGCUGAGAAAAAUUACUCACAGCUAGACAAGGAGGGACUGGCCGUAGUCUUUGGAGUGAAGAAAUUCCACAAGUAUUUGUAUGGGAGAAACUUCACCAUCGUAACCGAUCAUAAGCCACUAAUUUCGCUAUUCAGCGAAAUGAGAGCCAUACCCCAGAUGACAUCUCCUCGGAUCCAGAGGUGGGCAGUCACAUUAGGAGCUUAUGAGUACACCAUUAUCUACAAGGUAGGCAGAGACCACACAAAUGCAGACGCUCUGAGUAGACUGCCACUGGAGAUGAAAGAAAAUGAAACACCUGGAGAGGAGGAGAGAGUAUUGUUGUUGGAAGACAGUGAAACACCUCUGAUUAAGGCGCAGCAGAUAAAGAAAUGGACUGACAAAGAUCCGCUGCUGGCAAGAGUAAGGGAAUUCAUUCUAAGAGGUUGGCCAAAGAAGGUGGAAGAUCCGGCAUUCACACCAUACACCCGGCGUCAAGAGGAGCUCAGCACCCAGGGGUUGUGGGGAGGGCGAGUAGUGGUUCCUCCACCGGGGCGCAAUGCUCUGCUGAGGCAGCUCCACCAGACCCACCCAGGCAUUACACGGAUGAAAGGUUUGGCACGUAGCUACAUGUGGUGGCCAAAUAUGGAUGCAGAGGUGGAGGCGCUGGUGAAGGAGUGUGUGACAUGUCAGGAAAAUAGAAACAGUCCUCCAGUGGCCCCAUUACAUCCGUGGGAAGUUCCAGACAAGCCAUGGAGAAGAAUCCACAUUGAUUAUGCUGGUCCAUGGAAAGGAAAAAUGUUCCUGAUUCUGGUGGACGCGUACUCAAAGUGGAUUGAAGCACAUGCGGUGAGUAGAUCGACGUCGGCUGUCACUAUUGAGUGCCUGAGACAGAGUUUUAGUCAACAUGGCCUACCGGAGAUUAUAGUGUCAGACAACGGCAGUUGCUUUACCAGUGAAGAGUUUCAGGAAUUUGUAGAAAAGAAUGGCAUACGUCACAUCACAACAGCCCCAUAUCAUCCUGCUUCAAAUGGCUUAGCCGAAAGGGCAGUUCAGACCUUCAAGUCUAUCAUUGAAAAGAGCACAGGAGAUUCCAUUGAAACUAAAAUGGCCAGAGCACUGUUCAGCUACCGAAUAACUCCUCAAUCUACAACAGGCAAAUCACCAGCAGAGUUAUUGUGCGGUAGAAAGCUGAGAUCAGCUCUAGAUUUAAUACAUCCGGACUUCCGGAAUAGAGUGCAGGGGAAGCAGGAGAAGCAAAAACAAAAUCAUGAUGUGCAUGCUAGAGCAAGAUCGCUGGAAGAAGGAGACUUAGUCUUCACACGUAACUACAGUGCAGGGCCGACCUGGAUACCGGGGGCAGUAACGGAGAAGACUGGUCCAGUAUCAUGCAGGGUCGCACUAGGAAAUGGACAGGUGGUGAGACGACACAUCGACCAGGUCCGUAGUAGAAGUGCUGUAACACCAGUGACACCUGAAGUGUCACACACUUCAAGAAUGGAUGACCAGGAACCACCCACCAUUCCUGAGACACCUGUCUACGCUGAGGCAGGUGACGGCACGACGGCAGAAGCAUCAGAGGAACUGACUGAGUCACUCCCUGCUGAGGAACAGCCAGUGAGAAGGUCUCAGCGAGAUAGGAAGACUCCAGAGUACUUAAAAGACUUUACCUAG